UGUGCCCCUCACUUUCCGUCAGGACUGAGAUGGGACAGCACGCGAGCAGAGCAGCGGUGCAAGCCGCCCCUCGGGGCAAACCGCAGCACUUCUCUCCGCCCAUGGCUGCCCAGGCCACGGCCCGUCCCCAACCUCAGCCCUCAUCCUCUGCGAUGGAGGAGAGAAACCCCUCGUGCCCUGCUGAGGCCAAGGAGAAGGACAAACUCCCCCAGGAGCCCACUUCUGUGCCGCCCGCUCCCCCCUUGGAUGCCUCUGGGCUGCCCAUGUGUGCUGUGGAGCGUUACGCGAUGGACAACAUUGAGGCCUUUCUCCGGAGCACAGAGCCUCAGAAUGAGGAGAAGAAGAUGAAGUUCCUGUGCAGCAUCCGCACCAUCUGUGGCUCCGCAGCAGAGAGGAACACGGUGCAGGAACUGCGCAUCUUCUGCCGCCGGAAUGAACUUGUGGAGAACAUCAUGGUGCUGCUGGCAGAGGAGCCGCGGAGAGAGCUGAGCUCCGAACUGCGGCUGCAAGCGGUAGCCGCCAUCACCUCCCUCAGCAAGGUGGAGGGGGCUCUGGAGGAGAAGAUCCCUCUCUUUGUUGUGUGCUUCCGGAGCAUCUUCCUGCUUCCCUCAGAGCAGGACCUGGACACAAACCUUUACUCCAAGACCCUGAGGGCUCUGGAUGAGAUGCUGCACUCAUUGGUGUUCAUUCACCCCAGCACCAGCAUCGGAGAGGAGCUGAAAGACGUCUUCCAGGUGAGCCUUGCCCAUGGGGACCACACAGAGGAAGAGUGUUCCCCCCCCAUCCCCACCACCCCAAAAACCUUCUGGGGUGAUCCAGGGGACCACAGGGCAGAGCAGCACCUCCUCUUCCCACAGGUGCUGCUGCCCUUCACCUCCUUGCAGAGCUCGACCGUGCGCCAGAGGGCAGUGGGGCGCAUCUGGAAGCUGACUCAUUCGCUGGCACAUUACUGCCAGGAGAAGCCCCGUCACUCCUCGGAACAAUCCCCAUCUGCCAGCUAUGACGAGCUCCGCCUGCCCGUGCUGGGGCAGCUGGUGGGAUGCCUCAUCCUGUGCUGCGCUUUUGUCCAGGAGGACAAAACAUGCCGCUGUGCUUUGAGCGCUCUCCGUCACCUCUACAGAUUUGUCCUGUGGAGAAGCCGUAAGGCAACGGCUGCUGACCUCUGCGUCAGCUGCCGCUCAGAGCAGUGAAGAACCCCAUGGUGUUGGGGAGCUUUGCCG